ACAACUGUCAAAGUGUCAACUGGUAAAGAAGCAUGUUGCACAUGAACGUACACAAAUAGUUUAAAAAUAUUUAUCAUUUAAUCAAUAAAUAGUGAUAUAAUAAAAAUAAUUAACUUUUUAAAGUCUCAUCUAUAUAUAAUCAAUCAAAAUGGCUCGUGGAAAAGACAAGAAGAAGCGUAAGUUGGAGAAGAAGCAAGAAGGUGAUGAUGUGCCCAAGAAGGUCCCGCACACGCUGGAAUCUCUCCGCGAGAAAGAUGAGACGAUGCUCGCUAAUGUUGACGAAGAAGAGAAAUUGGAGGCACAAAAGGAUAUGGAAUUAGAUGAGUUAUCAUCAUACUACGAGAAUUCAUAUGAACCAAAAGUACUGAUCACAUACUCAGACAACCCGCACAACAAAACUAGAAUAUUUGGCAAAGAGUUGUGUAGAAUUAUACCUAACUCCAUAUCUAGGUACAGACAAAGAUCUUCAGUAAAGCGUAUAGUCCAGUCAGCAAUUCGUGAGAGCGUAACAGAUGUGAUAAUAGUGAAUGAAAAUCAGAAGCAGCCCAAUGGUUUCCUGCUGAUCCACCUGCCUAAUGGACCAACUGCUCACUUCCGACUCUCCAGCUGCAAGAUCACACCUGAGCUUAGAAAAGAUUAUAAAGAAAUUACGAACCACAGGCCUGAGGUGAUUCUGAAUAACUUCAGCACGCGGCUUGGUCUGACGGUGGGUCGCAUGCUGGGCGCGCUGUUCCACUACGAGCCCCAGUUCCGCGGCCGACGAGCCGUCACCUUCCACAACCAACGAGACUACAUAUUCUUCAGGCAUCAUAGAUACGAGUUCACAUCGGACGGCAGACGUGCCAAAUUGCGUGAAUUAGGACCUCGCUUCACACUGAAGCUGAUCUCCCUGCAGCAAGGAACCUUCGACUCCAAGCGUGGCGACUACGAGUGGAUCAUUGCGGGCAGGCGACACCAAAUGGAAACGUCCAGAAGAAAGUUCUUCUUAUAAUGUUAUCUUGUUAUGUCAUAAAUGUAAAACGAAUAAAGUAUUUUGUAAGAGCAA